GGAAGAUAAUGCAUUUUUAAUUCAUACUAUUUCCAAAUCCAAUAAACCUAUUAAGAGCUCCACAUGCUAUUAAUUGGCAAACACAAUUACUCUUGGAUCGGCCAUGGCUACUACUGUUCAUCUCAGCUCAUUCUCCCUCUUCAUCCAAUCCAGAGGAAGAAGAGACAACUCCAUAUCUUCCGUCAAGAGUCUCAAAAAACGCACAGGUUUGUCUCCCUCUUCUGCCCUCACCUCACAAGGUGGCAGAGACAUGAUUCCACCACAGGGAAAAAGCAAUGAUCACAACUCUGCUUUUGAUUUCAAGUUGUAUAUGAUCCGCAAAGCCGAAUCUGUAAAUGCGGCUCUCGACGUUUCGAUCUGUACCGCUCCGAGAACCCCUCACGGUCCAGGAAGCCGUGCGGUACUCAUUGCUAGCGGGCGGAAAACGUGUGAGGCCUCUGCUCUGCAUUGCUGUCUGCGAGCUUGUGGGAGGCGACGAGGCUACUGCCAUGUCAGCUGCUUGCGCGGUCGAGAUGAUCCACACAAGCUCUCUCAUUCAUGACGAUCUUCCGUGCAUGGACAAUGCCGACCUCCGUAGAGGCAAGCCCACCAAUCACAAGGUAUUUGGAGAAGACAUGGCGGUUUUGGCCGGUGAUGCGCUUCUUGCUUUGGCGUUUGAGCACAUGACGGUUGUGUCGAGUGGGUUGGUCGCUUCCGAGAGGAUGAUCCGGGCAGUGGUUGAGCUGGCAAGGGCCAUAGGGACAAAAGGGUUAGUGGCAGGGCAAGUGGUUGACCUAAGCAGCGAAAGAUUGAAUCCACACGACGUUGGAUUGGAGCGUCUAGAGUUCAUCCACCUCCACAAAACGGCGGCGUUGUUGGAGGCAGCAGCGGUUAUAGGUGCCAUAAUGGGAGGUGGAACAGAGGAAGAGAUCGAAAAGCUUAGAAAGUAUGCUAGGUGUAUUGGACUAUUGUUUCAGGUUGUUGAUGAUAUUCUUGACGUAACAAAAUCUACAGAGGAAUUGGGAAAGACUGCAGGAAAAGACGUAAUGGCUGGAAAGCUGACGUAUCCAAGGCUGAUAGGUUUGGAGAGAUCCAGGGAAGUUGCGGAGAAACUGAGCAGAGAAGCCGAGGAGCAGCUUCUAGGGUUUGAGUCUGACAAGGCGGCGCCUCUGGUAGCUCUUGCUAGCUACAUUUCUUGCAGAAACGACUGAUACUUUUCAUGGACUUAUCAGAUCUUCAAUGCAUAUGAUCUCCUAACAAGUACAUUUAGUUCGAUCUCUGAUCUUUUUUUCUUGUGAAGUUGUGAACCAUAUAUGUUGUGAUCAUCUCUCUCAUAGUGAAUCUUAAUGUCAUGUUUAAACAAAUAUCAAUAAGGGUUUCUCAUGGGAACUAAAUCAUAGUGUAAGGAUUCAGAUAAUUUAGAACAAGUGUGCGGAAGAUUUCAA